AAUACAUUAUUUUUCAAUUAAGUCGAAUGUGACGCAAAAGUAAGUUCUACAAACAGACAUCAGGUAGCGUACCGGUCAUAUUCUGAAUACGUAUUAUGAUUAUUUUAAAGUGUAUGAAGUUAUAUCAUAAAAUUUGACUUAAGUCGUAAUUAAUAAAUGGCCGUAUAUAUUUGACAUAACGAUUCGAUCGGGAUUUUAAAUUAUUUUUUUUCAUACCAACAAUGCAAAUUUCUCGUAUUAAUAAACUAGAACUGUUUUCAGUAAUUUUUCGAGGUUAUGGAACUCAAAGAUACCACAAUUACUAUGAGAUAUUAGAAGUUUCACCAGAUUGCUCGCAAAAGGAAAUAAGAAGAUCCUUUAUUGCGUUAUCGAAAAAAUUUCAUCCUGAUAUCAUUGGAAAAGAGGGACAUGAUAAAUUUGUAGCACUGCAAGAAGCUUACAACGUUCUUAGCAAGGAACAUACCAGGAAGCAAUAUGACAUGAGUUUAAAAUAUAAUACUCAUUCGUCAUUUUCUUCUGAACCUAGUCCAAGACCAGACUAUUAUCAAGUUUAUAGAUCCCGUAGAGAAUGGGAAGAGCAUAUGGCAAGAGGAAACUGGCAACCAAAUUACGAUGAAAAAGGACAAAAGAAGAAAAAUACAGAGUUGUUAGCAUUUAUUAUAUUUGGAACUUUUUUAAUAAUUUUUCAAUUAAUAAUUGUGCAACAAGGAUUAUUAGGCAGAGUUAAUCUGCUGCAAACGAAAUAUCAAAAUGAAUAUAAUGUAAUGCGAGAAAGGACAAGAAAACUUACAUUUGAUCAACAGAUGGAUGUUGUGAAAGAAAGAAUAAAAAUACACGAGGAAAAGCAAAAUAGAAAAGAAUUUGAAGGUUCCAGGUCGUACCAGGAUCGCAAGCUCACGUUGAGUAAUAUCGUGAGCCGCAUGAGGUAACUUGGAGAGAUUUAAAAAAAAUGUGGAAACCUGUUGGUUGAAAUAAAGACAGAAAUAUAUCUAUAUCCUUAAUAUGGUAUAUAUGUAUCCAUACAUAUCACAUUGUUUCUAAUAUAUAUCACAUUGAGUAUAAACAUAUCGACAAGGUAUAUUAUAUGUCUAUAUGUAUAUAUACAUAUUACACAUAGAUUAAUUCUGGACUAAGACAUAUAUAUAUAUAUAUAUAUGCGCGUAUAUAUGUAUAUGCAUAUAUCCUGUCGAUGCUAUCUUCAACAGCAUGGUUGAUCUUGAUUCUUAUUUGUACAUAAUUUUUCAUAUGCAACUGCAAAUAAACGAAUAUGUAACAUUGUAAUAAUGCGACAAAGUUAAUUGUAAGAUCCCGAGGAAUAGAACGGAAGAGAUAUUAAAUCGUAAAUUAGUCUGGUGAAUAUAACAGACAGAUGUCUGCGAUGUCGCGAAUAAUAAAGAAAAAAAAAAAAAGAAGAAAAAAAGAAAAUAAUAAUAAAAGAGGAAAAAGAAAAAAAUAAGACAAAAGGAACAAUAACAAGCAGUAUCGCGAAUCAUUCGAGACGUUCAACGCGAUUGAAGAUUACAGGUGUCGAUCGAAAGCCGUAUCGAUUCUAUCGAUCGUAUCGGUUUUUCAUUAAGGUGCGACGGAGGCUCGCUGUUUUGAUCAAAUCCUCUUUUCUCCUUUAGUUCUUUUUUUUUCUUUUUCUUUUUUUUUUUUUUUUUUUUUUCUUCAACAGCGUACAAGGUAAUCGAUGUAUAAAUUGAUGUUCGGACGACGCCGAGGCAACGAUCGAUCGUAUAAUUGGUUUUAUUUAACUUUUUAUCUUCAAAUUGAUUAUUAUCUGUAAGUCGUAGAAUCUUUUAGCUAUUUCGUCUUGCUUAUAAUUUUCCAUAUCGUGCUUAUUUGCU